AUGGGUACGGCGGUUCUCCGAUCCCACGAUUGCCUGAAAGGCCGCCUCCAUCUGGAGGCCUUCGGAUCCCGUCCCCCGCCGCCGGUAAAACCCUCGCGGAAGAAACCCCCACGUUCCUCCCCCUCCCCCUCGACCUCCCCGCCUCCUCCACCGCCGAAGGAUGGCCGGAGUCACCAGACGCGGCCAGCCCGGCCGUCGCCGCCUCCACAGCCGACGAAUCACACACGACCCAACCCCCCGCGGUCCGUCCGGAAGACAGGGUUCCCUGGCAAGGAGAACGCUGGCGACACCCAGAUCCGGCCGCGUAGGCCCCUCGUCAUGGAGGAGGUCACGAUCCUGAAACGCGGGGACGAACUGAAGGCUUUCGGGCCCCCGGCCGAGGAUCGGCGGUCGGACGGCGAUGAAUCGCUCCUCUGCUCGACUAAUCGGCUGGGCCCCGACCCGGAGAUCCUCCCGAAGAAGAUCGGGUUCGCCGAUCUGGGGUCCGUGUAUGCCGGGCCGGCCUUCUUCGCAUCCCCGUCCCCGAGCUCGCUCCCUUUCCCGGCUUCCUUCCUGAAAAAGGUCGGCGGUGAGGCGAUCACGAGCGAUGAGGCCACGAGGAGCCUCCGGUGUCUGCUGCGGCUCGAUAAUCUCGCUUGA